AUUGCGUUGAAUACUUCAUAGUAUUCGCAACGAAUAAGGCAUAAGAGAGGCGAUACGCCGAUACAUGCAGUGUAUGUAUGUAUACAAUGUACGCACUUUACGCCUUUCGUCGUUGCCAAUACAACGAAAUGUUCAACGCAAUACACGUCGCGUGGUAUUGCGUCGAACGAUUCAUUAAUAAAUGAGAUUCUGAAAGUUUCAUGUUGAUUGCAUUUGCAGAAGUUUGAUUUUUGAUCCAAAAUUUUUGUCGAAAUUUUCUUGGAAAAAAUUGUGGGCCAAAAUACAAACUUCUGCAAAUGCAAUCAACAUGAAACCUUCAGAAUCUUAUUUUUUUCUCCAAAAAAUGUAACCUCAGAAAGUUUGAAGCCAAUCGGAAUCGAUUUACGAGUACCUACCAUACAAAAUUGUCGAAGUUUAGAUUAAAGUGUUCGAUUUUUCAAGAAAAUUAAAAAAAAAACCAAAAGUACGGACAACGGUACGGAAAAGUUUGGGACUACUAAUCAUUCAUUUAACGCUUUUGAUAAUAACUGUCAUCUUCCAUCCGUGUCUUGAUUGAAAGUUACUGCCAAAUUGCAGCUGACAUGAGCUGUGUUCACACAGUCUGCGAAUGAUUCGAGCAAAGUGGAAAAUGACCUAUUGAUUUUGGACUGUUUCAGAAGCGAUUGAGCUCAUUCAAUGCAUGACUCAUACAGUAUGAGUAUGACAAAUUCAAUGAAAUCUUUCCAAAAAAUCGAAUCAAACAAAAUAAGGAUAAAUGGUGAACGAAUUCCAGAUGUAAACAAACAUUAAGUGGAGCUUGUAAAAAGUCUAAAAACAAAGCCCUUUGUUUGCUACCAGAGCCAUCUAUCGAACGCUUGACUCAUCAAGUCAUUAACAAAAGUGUUUCGCUUUGAAAUGUCAUUGUUUGAGGAAAUUCUUUCGAUGUGGGAUAUUUUGGUGUGUUUCGUGCACGAUCACGCUGUCAAUUGUCAUUGCAGACAUAAUCAAGCAAAAUCUGGGCACACAGAUACAGUCGACGAGACACAAUAAACACACUCCUAUCGACAUUAAAAAUACCACAUUUCCCUUACAAAAAAAGUGCAUCAAACUGUGAAGUAAACCAUAAAUUGCACGAACAUUCGCCGUAAGUUGUAAAGCAAAAAAAAUGGAUUUGUACGACGAUUUGGAUGCGAAGCAGCGAAUCGAUGGAUGGUCACCGGGCCUCAAGUUGAUGCAGACACAAAUGGCAUUGAAGAAAGCCAUCGUACCACCGCCCGCAAAAAAAGAGCUACCGAAACGGACAGCUCCCCUUUUAGCACCGAUCACAAUAUUAAAAACAAAAGGUCGACCAAACUCCGAUUCAGACGAUCAUUUCAAAUCGAACGAAAGUUCAAAGACGCAUCACAAAAAGCAACCGACCACAAUAACGACACAGGCAUUGGCGCCACCGAACAAAGCGGCCAAUGACUAUGAUUGGAAUGUGAUUGACGAAUACAAUCCACUGUGGCCGAAUGAGUAUGAGAAAAUCAUAAAAGAGCGCCGUGAACGCAGAGACAAUGACCGAAAACGGAGGAAUAAUCGUAAUGAGAAUCGUGAUGCGACAUCGCCACAAAAAUUCUCUGGCUUUGCUGGUAGAUCGGAAGAUUUGGAUGAUUACAAAAAAUCACCGCCGGCACAACGAACCGCUGGAGCUACCAUCGCUCCACCACCAUCAUUACAAGAAAGUACACCCAUUAUACCAGCAUUACAGAAUACAAAUGCGGCCGGUUCGUAUGGUUCAGGCUCAGUAGCGGCGAAAAUUAUGGCAAAAUACGGUUUCAAAGAUGGCCAAGGGUUGGGUAAACAAGAGCAAGGAAUGUCAGUCGCGUUGCAGGUUGAGAAAACAUCGAAACGUGGCGGCAGGAUUAUACACGAGAACGAAUUUAUGCUACCACCAAAAUCAUCGACUCCUCCACUUGCAUCGAUGCCACCGCCAACAGCACCCGUUCAGCAAAAAGACGAGCCCUCGAUUACCGAGAUUAUGAAAGCACCCAGCAAAGUCGUUUUGUUGCGAAACAUGGUCGGAGCCGGUGAUGUGGAUAAUGAGCUCGAGGGCGAAGUAAAAGAUGAAUGCAACACAAAAUACGGUGAUGUGGUAUCAGUCAUAAUAUUUGAAUUGAAGAAUGCUGCACCCGAGGAGGCGGUCCGGAUAUUUGUUGAAUUCAAGCGUAUUGAGAGUGCGAUAAAAGCGGUGGUCGAUCUAAAUGGCCGAUUCUUCGGUGGACGUCAAGUGAAAGCUGGUUUUUACCCAUUCGAAAAGUUUCAAAAACAUUAUUUGACUGAUUAAUUAAUCACACCUGUACUGUAAUCAACCUAUUCAAUUGCUCCUCAUUACACUUUUUUUUAAAUCUUUUUUCAUCUAUAUUUACUUUGAAUGUUUUGAAAGUAGACGUAUGCGACAAAAAAAAACACGAAUAAAUCGAUGAAAAAUUAAA